AUGACAAAACAUCUGAUUAUGACAAUACAUCUGACCAUGACAAUACAUCUAAACAUGACAAUACAUCUGACCAUGACAAUACAUCUGAUCAUGACAAUACAUCUGACCAUGACAAUACAUCUGAUCAUGACAAUACAUCUGAUCAUUACAAUACAUCUAAACAUGACAAUACAUCUAAACAUGACAAUACAUCUGACCAUGACAAUACAUCUAAACAUGACAAUACAUCUAAUCAUGACAAUACAUCUGAUCAUGACAAUACAUCUAAACAUGACAAUAAAUCUAAACAUGACAAUGCAUCUGACCAUGACAAUACAUCUAAACAUGACAAUACAUCUGACCAUGACAAUACAUCUGACCAUGACAAAACAUCUGACCAUGACAAUACAUCUAAACAUGACAAUACAUCUGAUCAUGACAAUACAUCUGAUCAUGACAAUACAUCUGACCAUGACAAUACAUCUGAUCAUGACAAUACAUCUGACCAUGACAAUACAUCUGAUUAUGACAAUACAUCUGACCAUGACAAUACAUCUGACCAUGACAAUACAUCUAAACAUGACAAUACAUCUGACCAUGACAAUACAUCUAAACAUGACAAUACAUCUGACCAUGACAAUACAUCUGACCAUGACAAUACAUCUAAAUAUGACAAUACAUCUGACCAUGAAAAUACAUCUGACCAUGACAAUACAUCUAAACAUGACAAUAUAUCUGACCAUGACAAUACCUCUAAACAUGACAAUACAUCUGACCAUGACAAUACAUCUAAACAUGACAAUAUAUCUGACCAUGACAAUACAUCUAAACAUGACAAUACAUCUGACCAUGACAAUACAUCUAAACAUGACAAUACAUCUGACCAUGACAAUACAUCUGACCAUGAAAAUACAUCUAAACAUGACAAUACCUCUGAUCAUGACGAGAUACAUCUGA